GCUCCCAGUCUGGUCGUCGCUUUGUGGACAUGAUGUGGGGGGUGCAAGGAUGGGCAAUCGAAAAUACUUGUGCCCCAUAAGCUUCAGAAAGGAUUAACUUUCACGUGUGACAUUACUGGUGACGUGUUUUCUCACUGGGCUCAAUAAUAUUUUUUGAUUGUUUCGUGAUUUAAAAUAUAUUAACAUAGCACACGUUUUAGUAUGCUUUUUAAAAAUCAAGCGUCGGUUUUUCUUCCUUUGGAGUAGAUUUCUACUUGCGAUAUUGCUCGUUACCUGAAAAUUACUAUGAGAUUUUCUAGAGGUAACCUUUAUAAAUUCUUACCAGUAUUACAAGUUGCAAAAUGUGAGGUGAAAAGUUCAAGGUGAGAUGAGAAAAACAACGGAUUAGAACAAGAAGUGAUUCCAGUUGAGUUAUGUUGUGGUGAAACUACACGUUUAUGAGUGCGCUUGUUUAUGAGGGGACUUUGCUGCCAUCAAGGAUUUAACACUUACAACAUUUGGACAAUUCAGAAAGCUCAUCCGUUGGUUUUUCUUUUUCUUUGGUCAGUCGUGAAGGAUGUGUUGUAUCUGGCCAGCAUGUUGGCCCAUUCACCAUUUUCAUCUUUUACCUGGGCAGUGUACUCUUCCUUCCUGUUGAUAAUCAUCCUCGCACGAAGGUCGAUGGCCCAAGGGACAUUACUCUCACAAGAUCUUGACUGUCAGCAGAAACUGAUAGGUGAGGUUUUCACCUGCGUAUCGGAGCAAGACAUCGACUUCAACAAAUUCUUAAUCAUGGUCAGUUCGCCGGAAAAAGGAGCAGACGACGCGAAUGAAAACAAUUUCCCAGGAGCAGACAACUCAACGUCUGCAGCUAACACCACCACCACAGUGGCAGACGUGGAAACGGAGGAAAUGGAUUUGGAAGCAAAAGAGUUCCACAAAAGAGUUUGCAGGUUGGUUCUAACGCAGUCGAACCUGAUUUAA